CCCCAUCCCCCCUCCCCAGCCCCCCCUGAGCCCGCAGCACCCAUGGAGCCGGGACCCGAGGCGCUGCUGGACCUCAGCUUCCUGACCGAGGCGGAGCGCUGCGCCAUCGCAGAGGUGCUGCACCGCGAUGCUCUGCUGCGCCGCGCAGAGGAGGGUCGAGUCAGCAAACUGCGCCAGUCGGUGUCGGACCCGGUGAGGCUGCGGACCCUGACAGGGGAAUGGUUCUGCCACGUCCGCGCCCAGCGCCAUCGGAACCUGCUGGGAUCCGACCUGGUCCGUGCGUCCAUCCGGCGCAGGAGGCGGCCGUGGGGAGCGGCAGAGCUGGAGUGCAGGCUCAGCCAGGGUGAGCUGGAGGCCAUCAGGGAGUGGCUGCUGGAGGAGAAGGAGGAUGAGGAGGGUGCGCGGGAGGAGAGCCCCAAUGAGGAUGGAGUCCUGGCAGCCACAGAGCCACAGCCCAAACCCACUGCCCCAGAAGGGACAACGGUGUCACCAUCUCUGCAGCAGGGUGACGUCCCUGCAGGGGAACGGGACGGCCCCAAAGAGCCAGGUGACAGAGUGGAUGGGAAACCCUUUGGCACCUCCAGUGUGGAGGAAGAUGAGGAGGAGCCCAACCCUGCACACAGCAGUCCUGGUGUCGUACAGGUGGGGUGGGGGCAUGUGGGGGGAUGGUGGCAAUGCUGUGACAGCGCUGUGCUCCUCCUGGCUGACAGAACCGGCUCUGUGCAGACUGGGAAAUGCCUGCCUGCUUUGCGCUGUGCCAGGUGGCUCUUCCCCAUCAUUGGCCAUAUGGGUAUCUGCACGUCGACGGGGGUCAUUCGGGACUUCGCGGGGCCGUAUUUUGUCUCAGAAGACAACAUGGCGUUUGGGAAGCCAGUGAAGUACUGGAAGCUGGAUCCUGGCAAAGUGUACUCCAGCAGCCCCAACGCAUGGGACACAGCUGUGCACGACGCCUCGGAGGAGUACAAACACCGAAUGCACAACCUUUGCUGUGAUAACUGCCAUUCUCACGUGGCUCUGGCCUUAAACUUGAUGAGAUAUGACAACAGCACCUCCUGGAACAUGGUCAAACUCUGCUUCUUCUCACUCCUCUAUGGGAAGUACGUCAGCAUAGGGGGAUUUGUGAAGACCUGGCUUCCCUUUGUCCUCUUCUUGGGGGCCAUCCUGACGGUCGUUCUGACGCUUCACCUGCGGUGAUAACAGCUGUGAGCUCCCCGUCCCGUGGGCACACGAAGGAGGGA